UAAACAGGCGGAGCUUCAGAGAGGAAGAGAUGCUAGUGAGGAGGAAACACAAAUAAACCAAAUGACAGGAAGCAUUCACAAAUAAGUCCACAGUGAGCCUCAAACCUGGACAUUGGAGUUUAAUAAUAAAACCAGGGUUUAAUAUCAUCUGCAUCCUCUUCAUCAGAGGAAACAGAUGGAUAAACAGGCCGGGGCGGCGGACGGAGCAGGGCCGAACAGGAAGCUCUGGAGCUCGGCCACCGGCGGACCAGCCACCGGCGAAAGCCUGGAGAGUCCAACAGGUUCUCAUGUCGAGUGGUGUAAACAGCUGAUAGCAGCCACCAUCUCCAGUCAGAUCUCAGGACCGGUCCCAGCUGACGUCAACAGGGACAACAUGGCAAGGAGACGACCAGAUUUCCUGGUGUCCAAGAGGCUGACUCCCAGGCAAGAUUCACAAGAUGAAGGGCUUUGUUACCAUGGAGAAAGUGAUUCUGAGCAUCCUUCCAAUGCUUCGAACCUUCCAGCUUUGCGAUACGGGGCGCAGGCCACAAUGUACCAGAACCAGGUUCCUCUGCUGCCGGGAGAGACCGUCCAGACUACAGUCAAGGAUGUGAUGUACAUCUGUCCGUUCAGCGGUCUGGUUAAUGGAACCCUGACCAUCACAGACUACAAGCUCUACUACACCAGUUUGGAAAGGGAGUCUCCGUUCGUCCUCGAUGUGAACCUGGGAGUCAUCAGCAGACUGGAGACCAUCAGCGUUCCCAACCAGGGAGAGAACACCAAAGGACUGGAGCUGGUCUGCAAGGACAUGAGGAGUCCCAGGUUUGCCUAUAAGGCGGAGGAAAACCAUCCGGACGUGGUGGAGCUGCUGACCAAACACGCCUUCCCCCUCUCCCACAGCCUGCCGCUGUUUGCUUUCCUGUACAAGGAGCAGUUUCCUGUGGACGGCUGGAAGGUGUACGACCCGACAGCAGAGUACAGACGGCAGGGCCUCCCUAACGAGAGCUGGACCAUCAGUAAGAUGAACAGCAGCUACGAGCUGUGUGACACAUAUCCCUCCAUCCUAGUCAUCCCCACCAACAUCGCAGAGGAGGACAUCAAACGAGUGGCCGUGUUCAGAGCCAAGCACCGCAUACCAGUCCUGUCCUGGAUUCACCCCGAGUCUCAGGCCACCAUCAUCCGCUGCAGCCAGCCGUUAGUCGGACCCUCAGACCGUCGCUGUAAAGAGGACGAACGCUUCCUCCAAAUCAUCAUGGACGCCAACGCCCAGUCCCACAAGCUCACCAUCUUUGAUGCCCGGCAGAGCAGCGUAGCCAUCACCAACAAGGCGAAGGAUGGAGGCUUUGAAAGUGAGACUUUCUACCCAAACGUGGAGCUGAACUUCCUGGAGAUCCCCAACAUCCACGUGAUGAGGGAGUCUCUGAGGAAGAUGAAGGACGUGGUUUAUCCCACCAUAGACGAAGCCCACUGGCACUCCGCCAUCGACCAGACACACUGGCUGGAGUACAUCCGGCUGUUACUAGCAGGAGCAGCAAAGAUAGCCGAUAAGCUGGAGUCUGGGAAGACGUCGGUGGUUGUUCACUGCAGCGACGGCUGGGACCGGACCGCUCAGCUCACCUCUCUGGCCAUGCUGAUGCUGGACAGCCACUAUCGCACUCUCAGAGGCUUCCAGGUUCUGGUGGAGAAGGAGUGGAUCAGCUUUGGACACAAGUUUGCUGCUCGCGUGGGUCACGGCGACGAGAACCACGCCAACUCGGAGCGCUCGCCUCUCUUCGUCCAGUUCAUUGACUGCGUUUGGCAGAUGACUCGACAGUUCCCAGCAGCCUUUGAGUUCAACGAGCUGUUCCUGAUCACAGUGCUGGACCACCUCUACAGCUGUCUGUUCGGUACUUUCCUCUAUAGCGGUGAACAGGAGAGGGCAGACAAGGAGGUGCAGACCCAGACUGUGUCCCUGUGGUCCUACAUUAACAGCCAGCCCGAGGACUUCACCAACCCCUUCUAUGUGGACUACGAGCACCACGUUCUGUAUCCGCUGGUUUCCUCCAGACAUCUGGAGCUGUGGACCGCCUACUACGCCCGCUGGAACCCACGCAUGAGACCGCAGGUGCCGGUUCACCAGACGCUGAAGGAGCUGCUGUUCCUGAGAGCAGAGCUCCAGAGGAGGGUGGAGGAGCUGCAGAGAGACGCCACCUCCAACUCCCUGUCCUCCUCCUCUGAACACUCCCCCUCACACACCACAGGAACGCCCCUGCACGGCGCUGUCUGACACACACACACACACACACACACACACACAGCUUCAUGCAUGUUUCAGCCCAGUUACUACAAAUACUGAUGUUUACAAUGUGAAGGAGGCUUUACAAAGAGAUUCUUAAUUUUAUAUAUUAACGUUCCUAAAUACAUUUUUGACAAUGUGAAAUGAUCUCCUGGAGAUGUUUGUGAAGUUAUAAAAAAAAAAGUAUUUAAAUAAAGUAUUAAAACGUUACAGAGCCCCAAAUGGGGACAUGGGGGAGAAAAAUACCAGAGGGGUGAAAAGAAUGAUCAAAAUGUUUGCGUUCUCCCAAGAAACUUCUGCAUUACCACGCAAAAAUGUUGUGGUCUCUCAAGAAACGUAUGCGUUCCUUUGCAAAAAUUUGGUGUUCUCCCAAGAAACAUUUGUGUUCCCUCGCCAAACUUUUGCGUUACCUCGCAAAACUUUUGUUCUCCCAAGAAACUUUUGCAUUCCCUCGCCAAACUUUUGUUCUCCCAAGGAACAUUUGCCUUCCCACGCAUGCGUUUGGCAACAACAGAACGUUUACUGAUCCGGCGGGGAGUUCAUCCCCCCUGGCGCUGGGUCUUGACAGCCGCUAACUGAAGGUCUGUCUCCGGAGCUACCGACCGCUCUCCUCCCAGCAAAGUUGUCUCCUCGCGGCGGGGAAUGAGGCGGAGGAACCGCGGGGUGCACUAUCCAGCUAAUUCUUGUCUCAAUUGCGGUCUGAUAAACAGUAAAUUCAUCAAAUUCAGUACCGUAUAUCGCUAUUUUCCAAGCUACUGUAGCUGCAAACUCAAAGGUUUCUUGGGAGAACGCUAUCGUAUUUAUUUUUUUCUUCCCCAUGUCCCCUUUAGGGGCUCCGUUAAAAACUAUCCUGACACAACACAUGAGCUUAUUAUUUAUAUUAUUUAAAAGAAAUUCUCCCAAUUCAGAAAUACCAGCUUCCCCUGAACUGUGAGAAGUUUACCGGUUUAUCAGUUCAUGGGUGUUUUUGUUUUUGUAUGAAGGAAUAGCUACUAUUUUUGUCUCAGGGCUCAGUUAUUGGCUGCCAGUAACGUGUUAGAAAUGAUGCAUGCUCCCUUACACACUUCCUCUUCCUUUACUUCGUCAGUGAGAUUAGAAUCAUUGUUAUUGGGGUGACGGCUGUGAGAUUGUUUCUCACCUGCAAACACUGCCACUUAGAUGAGAUGUUAGAUGAGCCCGGCUCCCUGCACUCUUCCUUACCUGGACACUGCCUUACUGUGCAUGUUUUCCUUUGUUUGUAUAAAAUAAGUGUCUUUUUUGUAUUAUAUUUUCUUUCUUUACGAUGCCUUUCCACGCGCCAACCACGUCACUGCUCCCUCCGCUCCAUUUUUGUGUUCUCCCGAGAAACGUUUGCGUUCCUUUGCAAAAAGCUUUUACGUUUUACGUUACCUUAAAACGUUUGCUUUUCCACGCAAAACUUUUGUGUUCUCCGAAGAAACUUUUGUGUUCCCUCACAAAACUGUUAUGUUCUCCCGAGAAACUUCUGUGUUCUUCCGAGAAACUUUUGUGUUCCCUCGCAAAACUUUUGUCUUCUCCCGAGAAAAGCAUGCGUUCCUUUGUAAAAAUGUGGUGUUCUCCCAAGAAACUUUUACAUUCCCUCGCACAAAUUUUGUGUUCUCCCGAGAAACUUUUGAGUUCCAACGCAAAACUUUUUUUCUCCCUAGGAAACUUUUGAGUUCCCUUGCAAACCCCCCCACCCCCUAACCACUUUGUCCUUUACUGUAAAUCACGCAUUUCUAAUCACUUCCUCACAAAUGAACCAAACUCAAGGUCUGUCUUAUCAGUGUAUUUUGUACAGUGUAUCAACAUCCCUUUUAUUCUAAUGCACUGUAACCUAUUAACACACUGUCUACCUGUGGCAUGCGAUCGUGCAAAUCUUUUUUUAUUUAAGUAAAGUGUCUAAUUAUGAGAAGUUUAACCUCCUAACGAGCCAUAAUCACUUCUGACAUUCCAUUUUAAAACAUAAAAAAAAAGAAGAAUUCAAAACA